CCAGAAUACAUCUGUUGCUAAGAAAGGUUGCAUGAUCAGAAGAAGUGCAAGAAGAGAAUGCAUGAUUGCUUUUCGUGAUGGGGUCUGUAAUCAGUACAGCUGCAAAUGGCAUCGGUUCUGCCCUUGGAAACGCAUUCAUAGCUCCCGUUAGGACGGUGUUUGGCGCGUCAUGCGAGGGCAUUUGUUCAGGAACAUGGGACAUAGUCUGCUUUAUUGAGCACCUAUGUAUAUCCAGUCUGGUGAAACUGUUCAUGGUCGCAGUCCUCACGUACAUAAUUCUGCUCUUCAUCUACCUCCUAUUUCAAGUGGGAAUCAUCCAAUGCAUAGGGAGAAGCCUCUGUAAGAUGACAUGGGCAGCGUGCGAGACCUAUUGGACUGCAUUGGGAGAAGUUAGUUGUUUCUUGUGGCACAAGCUGAAGAACACCAAGCGUGUGUAUCGCCGCCGAUUUGAAGGCAUGGAAGAAGGAUACAGUUCUAGCAGUGAUGAUGACUCCUUUGUGGAGAACUAUGGAAGCAUAAAAGUUACUAGGAAGCGAAGGUCGGCAAGGGAGAGAAGAAACCAUCGUUUGCGAAAAUCAUUGUAUCCUAUAAGGCAGAGUUCAAAAUUAAGAAGUUAUGGGAGUGGUAGCCACCAUCAUGUGAAGUUGAAAACAAGAGAGGUCUCUGUACAUGUCAAGGGUUCUAGGAGAAUUGGGAACUCAAGGCAGCUUCAUCUGACAAACAUGUCCCACUACAAUGGAAAGCAGCUCUUUAAGAGGGGAAGAAGAUGGUGAAGAAUAUUUAUGCUUCUAGCAACAGAAGUAUAUUUUCUUAUUACAAACCAUUGCUAAUAUGCUGUGGGCUGUCAUUGUUCAUGUACAAUAAAAACUUGAUUCUGCAAUUCAGGACUGAAUUCAGGAAAAGUCAGAACUAGACACAUAUAAUGACAUGUUUAGGUGAAGGGAGUGGACUACUAUAUAUAGGAGAUCAUUUUCUAAUUUAUUAUUCUAUA